AUGAAUUCUAAUUUUAAUUCACUAAAAAAAAGUUUGAAUUUUAAAGUUAACAUUUUUUUUUCCUAUGGUUAUAACUUGAGAAACAUAAAAGAAAAUUUUUAUAACAAAAUAACAUUCAGUACAAAAAAUAAUGAAUACAAUAAUUCUUUAAACAAUAAUUCUACAGAAAAAAAUAAAAAUGAAAAAAAUAAAAUUUUUUUUUUAAAUAAAAAUAAGUCCGUAAAUUCUCAACCAAAAAGAAAUUUGAGUGUUUUUGGUUAUAAUAGAGGGAAAUUAUUUGUCAGCAUAAAAAAAGAUUUUACGAGUUUUAUUGUUAACUCAUUAAUUAUUUUCGUUUUUCUUUAUUCAGUUUAUACACUAGCACCAAACGAAACAAUAUCACAAAGAAGAAAAAGAAUUAUAAGAGAAAGAUUAAUGAAAGAGUAUGAAAUAUCUGAAAAAGAUCUUGAAAUGAUUGAAGAUUUUGAUGAAAUAAUAGAAAAAUGA